UUUUGUUCUUAUAUGUUCGAUUAACCAAUUGAAUUUAAGAAAAGUGCGUUUUAAAAACAAUCUUUUUAUUAUAGGUGGUAGUAGUUGCUCAUAAUAAUAACCGGUGAAGGAAUUCUUACGUCAUCAGAUUUUGGGUUUUGGGGCACUGUGGAAAACUGAGAUCAAGGAAGCACACUGAAACGACGUCGUUAUGAGGAAGAAGAGCCCACAGGACAUGAUUUGACUAAAAAGUCCAAGUAACAUACUUGAAAUUACCGUUUCUACCACAACAAGCGACAUCGCCGCAGAAAAUGUCGAUACUCCGAUUAUUACACCGCGCAACCUCUUCCUCCUCCACCGCAACCGCAUUCCUCCACCGCACAACGGCCUCUGCCUCCGCCGGUGAGCCGAUCAGCCCGUCCAACACGCGCGUGGGUUGGAUCGGGACCGGCGUAAUGGGCCGGUCCAUGUGUGGACACUUGAUCAGCGCCGGGUUCGCCGUCACCGUCUUCAACCGCACCAUCUCCAAGGCUCAGCAGCUCCUCGACAUGGGCGGGAAGCUCGCCGACUCGCCUCGCGCUGUCGCGGCUCAGUCCGAUGUCGUCUUCUCUAUCGUCGGAUAUCCCUCCGACGUCCGCCACGUCCUCCUCGAUCCAACCUCCGGUGCUUUGUCCGGUCUCCGAUCCGGCGGAGUCCUCGUCGACAUGACGACCUCCGAGCCAUUCCUCGCGGAGGAGAUCGCCUCUGCCGCCGCGGCCGCGAACUGCUUCUCGAUCGACGCACCGGUUUCCGGGGGAGAUUUGGGCGCGAAGAAGGGUAAGCUGGCGAUCUUCGCCGGAGGAGAUGAGACCGUUGUGAAACGGCUGGAUCAGAUAUUUGCCCUAAUGGGCAAGGUCAAUUACAUGGGCUCAAGCGGGAAAGGGCAAUCCGCGAAGCUGGCGAACCAGAUCACGAUCGCAUCGACGAUGCUAGGGCUCGUCGAGGGCAUAAUCUAUGCUCACAAAGCAGGGCUCGACGUGGAAAACUUUCUGGAAGCGAUCUCGGCGGGAGGAGCGCGAUCGAGAUCGCUUGAACUGUACGGAAACCGGAUUCUGAGGAGGGAUUUCGAGCCAGGGUUCUACGUGAACCAUUUCGUGAAGGAUUUGGGGAUUUGUCUGAAGGAAUGCGAGAGAAUGGGAUUGGCUCUGCCUGGAUUGGCCCUAGCCCAGCAGCUUUACCUGUCGCUCAAGGCACAUGGCGAAGGCAUUCUGGGCACUCAAGCUUUGAUCUUGGCUCUUGAGCGGCUCAACAAUGUCUCUGUUCAGCCCAAGGUGGUCUCUUCGUCUGACUCAAGCUUGAUUUAGGCAUAGCUUCUACUUCCGGUUGCAGUUUUUUUGUACAAAUGCUUCUCCGAGAUGAUGAUGAUGGAGAGUGAGCUCAACAUCCUUUUAUACUAAUAACAAAACCCAUCAUUUCUGGAACUUCUCGCCAGAAUUUGCAGUGCUUUUGUGUCCUUUGAUCUGUAAAAACAUUAUCUUUAUACACCAGGAACCCAAUGAACCGAUCACA